CACCGGAUCGAUUGCUGUUGUCCGUUUUAUUUUUCGUCGUCAGUCUUCAUGCGAUCGUCAUUACAAACGGGCAGACGUCUCCUUUUCUGGAUCGUUAAAAUGAACCACUCUUGGAAAGCUAUCAUAUUCUGUGCCCUUUUCGUCGCUGUCAGUGCCGAAAUUGUGAAAUUCAGCAACUGCAAGGAAACUACAAAAUGUCAGGUUCACCAGGUUCGUAUCGACCCGUGCCCUGAGUCGGCCUCGAACAAACCCUGCACCAUGUUGAAGGGAACGAAUGCCACGAUUGCGUUCGAUUAUACUCCCGAAUUUGAUGCCCAAGUAGCCACCGCAAAGGCUUUCUGGACCCAAACGGCCAUGGAUCUGCCCUUCGCCGGAAUGGACAGUGAGGGAUGCAAAUACACCAGCUGUCCCCUGCAGUCGGGAACCAAACAAUCCUACUCGUACGAUUUGCCCAUUCAGAAGAAGUAUCCCACGCGAGUCUACGACGUCAAAUGGAUCCUGGAGAACGAAGCUGAGGAGAUGUGCUGUUUCAUCAUCCAGAUUUCGGUCAAAUCCAAAAAAGGUCGCUCGUAAGGAAGAAUACUUCAAACAAAUAGGAAAGUGACACAUAAAAAAUCAUCAUUUAAAAAGUAGUUGAGAGAAAUUUUUUUACACAUAAACAAAAACGAAAUGUUUUUUGAAAAUUUUACAAAAUAAGAAACAGUCCAAAUAAAUGUUUUCAACAAAAUAUUUACAACGUCA